AUGGAAAAUCGAGAAGCUCUUGUUUACACUCUCUUUUCCAUCGUUAUCUCUCUCCAAUUCUUUUGGAUAUUCCUAAGGCCGCGUUACAGUGCAUUUACGUCUGCGCUGCGGCUGACCCGCCACCUUAAACCGUCCAUCCGCCAUCUGACGUCGGCCACAAGGUCUGACUUUGAGUUCAUGUCGUAUAUGAUCAAUAAGGCUGAUUCAGUCAAUAAAGCACUGGACAAGGCUGUUCCACUCUGCGAGCCAGUACUCAAAAUCCGUGAGGCCAUGAGGUACACACUUCUCUCGGAUGGAAAACGUGUUAGGCCAAUGCUCUGCUUGGCUGCAUGCGAGCUUGUGGGCGGCCAAGAGUCAACCGCAAUGCCCGCUGCAUGUGCAAUUGAGAUGCUCCACGCGUCGUCUCUCAUCCAAGACGAUCUUCCUUGUAUGGACGACGACAGCCUCCGCCGUGGAAAGCCCACUAACCAUAAAGUUUUUGGCGAAGAUAUAGCCGUCUUAGCCGCAGAUGCCCUCAUAGCUUUGGCCGUCAAGAAGAUGGCUACAUCCACCUCGUUGAACGCUCCCCCGGCGAAGGUUCUCCGAGCCGUUGUGGAGUUGGCGAAAGCGGUGGGAACGGAAGGGCUUGUUGCUGGUCAAGCUGCGGACCUGGCCGGAGAAGGGAUGAGUUUUGAGGACAACGACGUGGGACUGGAGCAUCUUGAGUUUAUACAUAUUCAUAAAACCGCGGCGUUGCUUGAAGCGGCAGCUGUCAUAGGAGUUGUGGAUGAUGUGCUUGACGUGACAAAGUCGUCGGAGGAUUUGGGGAAGACGGCCGGUAAAGACUUGGUCGCCGGAAAGCUGACAUAUCCGAAAGUGAUGGGAGUGGAAAAGUCAAAGGAAUAUGCGGAGAAGUUGAACAUAGAAGCGAGAGAGCAUCUUCAAGAGUUUGACUCUCACAAGAUGGCUCCUUUGUUAUCUCUCGCUGAUUACAUUGUCAAUAGACAAAGCUGA